CUUCGUUUCUUCUCUCAUCAACCUCACCACCAUUAUUUCUACUCUUCUUCUUCUCCAUCUUCCUCCUCCUCGCUGUCCAUCUCCUCAGCUUUGAGCUUUCUCUUAUUCAGUAGCCAUUUCCCUUGCUACUCUCUCCUCACGAGCUCCGUUGCUUUUGCUUGCUCCGGCUGCUUUUCCGGCAUUGGUUCUUUGCUUUCUUGCCCGGGCUGUUUGAAAGAUCCGAAGAGCUCUUUACAGCUGCAAAAGAGGGGAGAGGAGGGCGGCGGCGAUGCUGGGAGCGAGCCCGAAGGCCAAGAAAGGCGCCACGGUGAAGUUCGGAUCGAUGAAGAAUCCUCCUCCCCCGGCGGCGGCUGCUGUCGCCGCCGUGGAUGCGGCGCCGGCGGCAGGUGGGAAGGUGCCGGCGGAGGAGGUGUGGGAGGUGCGGCCGGGUGGGAUGCUGGUGCAGAAGAGGGGCGGCGCGGCCGACGAGGAGCCCGUCAACGUGAAGCCGGUGCCGACCAUCCGCGUCAAGGUGAAGCACGCCGGCAUCACCCACGAGAUCUACAUCAACUCGCAGGCGUCCUUCGGGGAGCUGAAGAAGAUGGUGGCGGCGCGGACGGGGCUGCAUCCCGACGACCAGAAGGUGAUGUACAAGGACAAGGAGAGGGACUCCAAGGCAUUCCUCGACAUGGCCGGCGUCAAGGACAGGUCCAAGCUGGUCGUCGUCGAGGACCCCGAGGCACGCGCCCGCCGCCUCAUCGAGGAGCGCCGCAACGGCCACCUCGAGAAAGCCGCCAAGGCCGUCGCCGCCGUCACCGCCGAGGUCGACAAGCUCGCCCCCAAGGUGGCGGCGCUGGACGCGUCGGUGCGGAAGGGGGAGAAGGUGGCGGAGAACGACGUGGUGCAGGUGACGGAGCUGCUCAUGAACGAGCUGCUCAAGCUCGACGCGGUGGUCGCCGACGGCGACGUCAAGGCUCAGAGGCGGCUGCAGGUGAAGCGCGUGCAGAAGUACGUGGAGACGCUCGACGCCGUCAUGGCCAAGAACGCCGCCAUCGUGCGCAAGUCCGGCGAGAAGCUGUCCUCCAAACAACACCACCAACCGCCACCACCACCAGCCAGGCAGCAGCCACCGCCGGCGAGGCAACAGCAGCAGCAACCUCACCAACACCAUCAGCAGCAGCAGCAGCAACCGACACAGACGCGGUGGGAGAUGUUCGACCUGCUGUCCUCGCUGCCAUCGACGUCAUCGGCCUCCUCAAAUACCACCGUCAGCUCAACGGCGUCGUCAGGCGCGCCGCCGGCGAACCGGCUCGACUGGAUGCUGUUCUGAGGACGACGCAGAAGCAGAAAGAAAGGGCAGAGAAUGCAAAAGGUGCUUGCUUGGCAAGAAUUGCACCCAUGUCCGGAAAAUCUGAAAGCAAGGGUGUCAUGUCAUGUCCUGAUGAGAAGAAGAAGAUGAUGAUGAUUGCAUCAAAUUCUUGCAAUUUGGUUGGCCACAUUACAUGGUACUACCACUUCUAGAUGAGUUGAGUUCAUCAUGUGAGAGUAAUUUUUUUAUCUUCUUUUUUAUAUUUCUUUUUCUUUCUUCUUCUUCUUCUUCUUCUUCACCAUCAAAUGUUUGAUAAUUCUUUUGUGUGCAUAUUCUGAGAAAGAGAGAGAGAGAGAGAGGGGAAAUUAGGGGAAGGAAAUUGAAGUGUAUUCAGAUUGGGAAUAAGUCAAAAGGGUUGUCUCCAAUUGGGGUUUGAAGAAAGGAGAAAAGAAUUGUUGUACCCAUAUGGAUACAGAUACCAAUACAUACCGUUCUUGA